CGCACGCACCCAUCGUCCUCUCCCGGCUACAAGAAGGCGUUCGUGCACGCGCACACCGUACCACAAACACCAGCGUAGGUGUCCACCUUUACCUGUCCUGCCAUCGUCUCCUCUCUCCUCGGCAUCACCCAGCAACCAGACUGAUCGAGAUGGCGUCCGUCCGGCUGUUCCCGGCGGCGGCGGCGCUGCUCGCCUUCCUGGUCGCGGCGGUGGGCGCCCAGCCGAUGGACCCUGGCCAGCCGGACAACCCCCUCCUGUCUGACCCGGACGUGAUCCCCGUCUACAUGAGCCCCGGCUCGCCGCCCACCUACGUGAGCUGCUACAACAACACCCAUGGCCAGCAAGGGUCGGAGCCCAUGUGCUCCGUCCUCGUCCGCAACUGCCCCCGCGGCUGCCGCGACACCUGCUACAUCCACUGCCCCUCCUGCAAGCGCGUCUGCCUGUGCGAGCUGACCGGGACGGAGUGCUACGACCCGCGCUUCGUCGGCGGCGACGGCAACAAGUUCCUGUUCCACGGCCGCCGGGACGCCGCCUUCUGCCUGGUCUCCGACGCCAACCUGCACAUCAACGCGCACUUCAUCGGCAAGCGCGGCGGCGCGCGGGACUUCACGUGGGUGCAGGCGCUGGGCAUCCGCUUCGGCGGCCACCGCCUGUACCUCGGCGUCCGGCGGACGGCAGCCUGGGACGCCGCCGUGGACCGCCUCGCCAUCGCCUUCGACGGCGCGCCCGUGCCGCUGGACGCCGCCGCCGGCGCCAGCUGGAGCCCCGCCGCGGCGCCCGCGCUGUCCGUGUUCCGCACGGGCGCCGCCAACGGCGUCGUGGUGCGCCUGGACGGGCGGUUCAGGAUCGUGGCCGACGCGGUGCCCGUCACGGAGGAGGACUCGAGGGCGCACGGCUACGGCCUGGCCCCCGAGGACGGCAGCCUCGCGCACCUCAACGUGGCCUUCAAGUUCUACGCCCUCAGCGCCGACGUGCACGGCGUGCUGGGCCAGACCUACCGCCCGGGCUACGUGGGCGCCGGGGUGGACGUCGGCGCCAGGGUCCCCGUCAUGGGCGGCGCCAGCAGGUACCAGGUGUCCGACAUCUUCGCCACGGACUGCGAGGUGGGGCGGUUCGCCGGUGACGACGACGGGCUCGCCGGCGCCGGGCCCAUGGACAUCAUCGAGGAGCCGGCCGCCGCGCUCUGCGGCAGCGGGAAGGGCGGGGCCGGCCUGGUCUGCAAGAAGUGAGGCCGGCGGCGAGCGAGUUCACAGUGACAAAAGAGAUGCACCUGCUGGUUUAGUGUUGUUCUUUUUUGGGUUCUCGUGUCUAAUUGCGUACGUGCCUGCUGACAUGGCUGCUGGAGCUACCAUACCAAGAGGUAGUACUAGUCAGUCUGGUAGUAGUUCUAUGUGCGGCGAACGAAUUAAAGACGUGGUGUGACGUGUCAUGUGUUGGUCAGUCGUGACCGUGGGCAACGAUGGAGAAGUGGCAUGUUGCUCC